AUGGAAAAUUUAACUCAAGAUGACUUCUUAAGCGCCUUGACUCCAAAUUACAUUGUCAAAAAAGAAGAUCAGUGCAAAAUAACUCUAAGUGGAACAUGGAACAUUCACGAUUUUUCAAAAUUUGAUCAAAAAGAUUUUGAAGAAAAUGUUAUUGAGGAUCCAAACUUAUUCAAGAUGUAUAUUAGGAAUCAUAAUUACCAACAUAAAGCUAAGUUUUCAAUUUUUGUGGAGUCCCAAACCCAAUAUAAUUUUAGAGUUACUUUUGCAAUGAGGAGAUUUGAUAGCCCAAAAUACUUCGAAAAUAUAGCAGGAGAACUUGACUUUUCAAAAUUUCCUAAAUAUUUAAUGGAAUUUGAUCAAUAUUGGCACGAUCUUUACGUUAAUUCGCCAUGUAGACAUAAGACACUAGAUUACGUUCAAAUCAGAUAUAUGAUAUUAAUACAAAAAGAUGGGAAAAAGCCUGACUACACUACCAUUCCGGAAAUGGAAUAUUUAUUUGAUGAUCCAUUUGAUAUUUUUCCGAUUUCAUACUUCUCUCAGAUUAGAAAUAAAUUGGACUUAUCAAAAUUAAUCAAUCUAGAUGCAAUUAUACAAGAUAAUAAUUUGAAAAUAAAACAUGUCAGUAAGGAACAAAAAAUACAUUUUACGGCAGAUAAUCAACUAAUAGACCUUGAUGAUGAUCGUGAAAUUCCGGACUUUUUCAUUUUUGAUUUUUCUGGAGAAUCAAGAAAUGUUGAUCUUAACUUCAAGUACAAGGAUACAAAAUACAAAAAUUUAGGAUUUGUUGCCAAUAUAAAUAACCAAACGAAAAUAUUAUUAAUGAAUUCUAUAAUUUAUCCAAAUAUUUAUUUAGUAAAGACAGAAAAUGUUCUCAAAUUCAACCCCAAGCCCAGUAAUUUAGGAUAUAAUUUUAUGUCAAAUUAUGUUUUCGUUUCUUACCUGCAAAGGUCAAUUUAUUAUAGAGAUGGAUUAUAUGACUCUAAGUCUGUACGAAAAAUAGAUUGUGUAUAUCCACAAACUGAAAUUGACAAUUAA